AUGCCAUACUUUACUGAGCCGUCAACUCCGGCUACUCUCUCUACACGCGAUAUGAAGUUACCAGAUGCCGAUCCAACAACGCCAGAGCGCUUCUCCCACGGCCACAAUCUGAACUCCGGAACUCUUCCCUUCUGGCUGGUGAACCUACCGCGAUCGCAAUGGACAGCUGAAUGUCCUGGUUUUCUGCGCAAUCAGCCGCCAAAGAACCUACGAUGCCUCUCCACACUCGAUGCCCACUACAAACGACAGGACUGGGAUGAACGUGUCCCAAGCGAGCUACGCAGAUAUCUAGAAUACGCAGCUCAAAUCAAGGCCGAGUACACCUCAGUCAUGAGAUUUGUGGUCAAAGAACGACUACAAUGGGGUGACGGCAACAUAGAAGGCCUCCAACCACGGGGCAACCCAUUUGAAUACAACGAAGACAUUCGAAUCCUCUACAACGACUGGCCGUAUGGCGUGGAGACAGACAUCAUCCAUCUGGUCGUGUGGACCAAAUUCCAGCUGGAAGAUGACCCUGCGACCGGUGACUUGGCGCCACGCGCGCGCGAGGCCAUAGAGCAGUAUGUGCAGCGCACGUUUUGUUCGCGCGUACCGGCCGAUCAGGUGUGUCUCAGCUCCAAUACGAAUACGGGAGAAUGGGGCUGA